AAGAAGCGUCCUUCCUUUCUCAGUACCACAGAGGCAUCUUAACCAACACCCAUAAUGAGCAUGAAACUUGAAAUGAGCAAUAUGAAUCUAAAAGUUGGGGAUCAGCUGAAGAUCAAGGGAGAAAUUUUGCAUGAUGCUCAAAGAUUUCAGAUUGACCUCGGGUAUGAUUCCGAAGACCUGGCUUUGCAUUUCAACCCGCGUUUCCACGAUGAUACAGACGGAGCAGUUAUUGUGUGCAACUCAAAGAUUGCCGGUUGCUGGGGUGACGAGAAGAGGGAAACACACAACCCCCUGCACAGGGGCACGCAUGUAAAGAUUGUGUUGAAGUUAAGUGGUGACAUGUUUGAAGUACAACUUCCUGAUGGCCGUGAAAUCCAGUUUCCCAACCGUGUCGACACAGCUGUCAUCAACUAUGUCAGAAUCACUGGAGACUUUAACAUUACUUGCGUGAAGAUCUCCUAA